GGGAUAGAAAAGUUGUGCAGUCUUUGUCCAAAAAGUUUUUGUGCCGCUAAUUUCUGACUUUUUAAAUAUUCAAAUGAGCCAAAAGUAGUCAAGAGGGGAACCCGGAGGACCAUAGAAAAGCUAGUCCGAUCAGCCAACAUGAGCUCUGGGAAGUCUAACCAGAAGCGAACUCCACAGACAAAGCGGAAUAAGCUACGGUUUGAAGAUGCUAUACCAGUGUCUAAGCGUACUAGACGAUCUGGCCCUAUUGACACCAUUCUGGCUAAUGACCCAGUCUUGCCAAAGAACUUCAAGGGCUCCAAGGUAGAAACUGGCACUAGAACAUCUUCCGCAAGUAAGCUUAAGUCAACAAUUAGUGGAAACGAGUCAACAAUCAGCACCCAUAAUGACACAACUAAAGCUGAGAUGCCGCAGAGAAGCCUUACGAGAUCAAGAAAAUCUCAAGUAGGGACAGCUUCUCCUAAAGCCAUUGAAAAGACAAUUCAAGUAGAUUCCAAUCAAUCAAAAGUCUCUCGCCUGACUAAACCAGGUAACGAUAUUAAGGUUAAACCAGUCGCUGAAGUUAAAGCUAAAACGGGCAAUGAUGUUAAACCUCAGUCAGCAGCCGUCAAGAACAGAGCUAAGGAGGAUCCAAAGAAGAUCAACACUCAUUCUAAUGCUUCGACCACCAAAUCAAAGAUCCCUCAGCCAAUAUUUGAAGAAUCUCAGGGUUCUGUCCCAAAAGGCAAAGCGGUGCCAACAACAACACGCGCAAUGAGGAAGAAAUUAGAUGAAGAACAAGCAGUGAAUACAAGUCCAAGCCCUGUGAACCAAACAAGGAACAACAGGAGCAAGAAAAAAGAAGAUACCUCCCCUUCUACUCAAGAGAAUAACAAGGGGAGUGAAUCUACAAAACAGAAUGUUGUGAAAAAUAAAGGCAGUCCUAGUAAACUUAGUGGUGGUAAUAAUGACAGCGAAGAAAUACCUGUAAAAUUGACGCCAAAGAAAACAAAGGGUAAAAGUUCUCCAAAGAAGAAAAAAGAAGAAAGCAAAAAUGAAAAUCCUAAACGAGACAGCAUAGAUGAUAAUGUGACAACUCCUGAUAAAGAUGAUCAUAUUGAGAAUCAAGAUUGCAGUGAUGCCUCUGAGACCUCAGCUGGUGAGAAGAAACUUGAACCCGAUGAGAAAGGUGCUGCAACAGAUGAGAAUGUUGUUGAAGAUGUCGAUAUGGAUGAAUCAGACAGCAACAGUAGCAAUGAUACAGAUAUGAAUAAGAGUCCUAAGGAUGAUUCUCUGGUUGAAGCCAAGCGAACUAGAAGCAAAACAGCAAUUGAAAACACAGUCGACUUUACAGGGUGUCCAACUCCAGGGUGCACAGGUCAAGGUCAUGUCACUGGCAAGUUUGCCCGGCAUAGGACGCUUCAAGGCUGUCCAUUCAGAGUCCACAGUGUAUCUAGUCCACGGAAGAGAAAGACACCAAACAUCCCAACCCAGUCUGAUGAGGAACCUUCCCCUAAGAAGAGUAGGGGAAAAUCCAGUCCUAAAGCUAAACAAGAAACAAAUAAACCUGAACUGGAGGAAGCUAAGAAGGUUAAACAUAAGGACAGUGAUAAGGAAAAUUAUUCAGAGGCAGUCAAGCCCAAGGAAAGUGAAGAAAAUGAAGUUAAGCCAGAGGAGGAUGUCAGUGAGACUGUCGUAGAUAAAGGUACACCUCUGAUUGAAAAUCCUCAAGAAGAUUCUAAGAUGAAAUCAUUUGAUGAUGACAGUAUGAAUCAAGAUGAAAGUGGGGAAACAGUCCCUGAUAAUGACUACCAGGAGCAUGGUGAUGAUGGGAAUGGAUCUGACAAUGACGGCAAUGGAAAUAUUGAUGCCCAUAUUGAACAAUUUGAGGACAGUGUAACUAACAAUGAUGACAUAUCCACAACAACUGUUGAAUCCAUGACUGAACAAUCCAAUGGACUGGGAAAUGAUGUAGAAGAUAAAAAUCUCACUGAGGGUAAAGUCAUUAAUACUAAUGAUAACAGUCAGGAAGUCAUUGGUGUCGCAAGUGUUUCUGUUGACACAGAAGAAGUCACAAAUGUUACCAUUGAAAAAGAUGUUGAGAGUCCAUAUAGUGACAGAGAUGAACAGACAGAUCUUACUGCCUUGGAAGACGUAACAGAUGACUUCAAGGAAACAGAAUAUGGUGAAAAAGAUGACAAUGCAACAACCACAGAGGAGAGUGUAUCAUUAGACAACUCUGUUGAAUCACAGUCUGAAGUUACAAUUCAUUCUGUUGCUAAAAAACUCAUGUUUGACAUGGAAAUUCCAAGUGUCCCUAAGAAACAAAUUGAAAAAGUCCCUAUCAGGGAUGAUGGGGAUAAAAAGGUGGAAUCAGCAGAUGAUGAAGAUGCUUCUAAUAGCUCCACAGAUCUAGAUGAGGAUCUGAAAAGUAUAAGACAGACUGAGAGAGCAUUGAGACAUCUCUCUGGUGAAUUAGAGGACUUUGAAGAUGUGUUCAAGGAGGGAAAAUCAAAGAAAUCGAAGAAAUCCAAAAAGAAGCAGGAAAUAUCUAAAUUAUGUGUUGAUGAUAUGGAUUAUGUUAAAGCAGAGGAAGGCAGUAUUAAUUCCAAAGCUGUUCAUGAUAAUGUAGAUGGUGCAGUUGCAUUGGAAGAUAUAGCUCCUGAAAUGCAUAGUAGUCAAGACUCAGGAAUACAGGAGGACCUCAACGGCAAACCAGACAUCCUCAACACAUCCAGUACAAGUGAUGAACUGGAAACAUUGUUAAAGAUAGAACAGGAAUGUACACAGAUCCAGUCACUGGUUCAACAGCAAAGUAGCGAGCUUGCAGAAUUGGAAUCUCAGGCAAUAAUGAAACAGAAAGAAGGCGCUGACAUUCAAGGUGCUGAGAUACUCUCCAAUUUGUCCAAUAUUGAUGCUCAGAAACAGACAGUCGUAUCUGACCCCCUUGCAGUACUUGGUGCUAUAGCUGAGAGCACCCUGGCUCAGCAUAAUCUACAAAGUGCCAUACAACAACAAUCAAACAUAAAUGACUCCAAUGUUUCACAUGUUGCACCAGCUACAACAAUAUCAGACAGUGAAAAGGAAAAUCAAAAUACAUCAAUGAAGGUUAUCCCUGUAAAUACAGUCUGUCCUAAUGAGGAAUUGACACCUCCUGUCCUGGAACCUCAAAACUCGAAUUUCCAAGUUCAAACAGUGAAGUUACCAGUUCAAAAUGUUGUACUGAAUAACAGACCCAAUGAGGAUUCAAACACUAACAUGCAGGUUCAUAACCCUCCUGGAGAUGUUAUCCAGAGUAACAUCAGUGAAGAGGUGUGUAUCAAAGAUGAACGAUCAGUUGAGCCCACAGCUGAAAAUGGUUCUGUUAACCCUGGAUUUACUGUACUGGCUGAGUGGACCGUUCCAACAACUCUGAUAGAGUCCGGUCCCCAGGAAGAACCCAUGGCUAUUGCUGCAACAGAGGCGACUCAGAUUACAAAUCUCGGUUUAGAGAAUAGCUCCCAAAAUGGAACUCCUAAACAUGAGACCUAUGGAGGUGCGUAUAUUGCAGGUGAGCCGUAUGCCGGAAAGUGCCCCACAGCAGACUGUGAUGGUACUGGACACAUAACUGGACUCUACUCACAUCAUAGGAGUUUAUCUGGAUGCCCAAGGAAGAUAAAAAUCGGGGACACUGAAAUGUUACCAGGUUCUGCUAAUUAUAUCCUACGCUGCCCUACUCCUGGAUGCAAUGGUCGAGGUCACAUUAACAGCAAUAGGACUACACACAGAAGCCUAUCUGGGUGCCCAUUGGCAGCCAUGGGGCGGAUGGCGGCUCAGAAAGCUAAGCAAAAUGAAGGCAUGACUGUAGUGUUGUUACCCAAGGGGAAGGAUAGAAAGCAGGCAGUUUUAGCUGCUUGUACAGAUAAAGAACUUCUGCACCUAGCUGCAAGUGAAGCAUUAAAGGGGCCAUCAGAGAAAAUUGGAGAUCAGAGCUCUGACAGGGUACUUCGACCAAUGAUACUUACCAAACAACUAGACUUGGAAAAUUACAACUACCCACCAUAUGUGUCCCCUACGACACCACGCACCAAUUUAGCAAAGGAGCUGGACAAAUACAACAGGGUACCAAGCCAGCAGUCCGCUUCAGCCAAACUCAUGAAAUCUGGCUUUCCUGGCAAAAUCAAAGAUAUUCCCGAAAGACCAAAUAUUUUGAGUAGAAAUAAUCGUUCAUCAUACAAACCGCAGUAUCUAUAUGAGCCUGUAAGAAGCAGCCCAACAUUGGACAGUAACGGGAAUGAACCUAUUAAUCUAUCGAAGAAGGAGAAUCCAAUCCUAGAGUUUGUGAACACUAUGAAUGGUGGUGGGUCUCAGGUCAGUGUUGAGAAACGACCUAGUAGUCGACAGGCAGAGCCAAUGGAUUUCUCAAGCAGCCCUCAACUCUCAGCUGCCACACCCUCACAUACCCCCACCCCGUCAACUACUACGAAUAAGCAAGAUGAACCCUCCCCUAAGCCAAUUAAGACUGUCACGCCCUCUGGUGAUCCAGCUGUUAAACUAGAGUUCAAAGAAUCUAUGAGUUGUCCUACGCCAGGUUGCGAUGGAUCUGGACAUAUAUCGGGCAACUUUACAUCCCAUCGAAGUCUCUCCGGGUGCCCCUUGGUGGACCGUACCUAUAUUCAAGGCAGUACUAGUGAUCAAAAGUAAGGACUGAUACCUCUAGCUACCUAUUCGUUGUGGUUGAUCUAUGUACAUUAUGUUUAUUCUAUACCGAGGAGAGUUUAUAUAUGCACAUAUGUUUACUCUAUACCUUUAGUUUAUGUAUGUACAUAUGUUUAUUCUAUACUUAGGAG